UGCGCACAGAAGGCAACAUGGCACAGGGCUCUCCAUGUGGUCCCGGUCUGUGCACCUCUAAACCAAUAUAAAUGUGAGCAGUAGUCAAAACGCCACUUCUUCUCAUCCCCACGGUGCACCUUUUCCACCCUCCACCAGCUCACCUUCAGUUCCUUUUCCUUCACCUGCUGCUUUUCGUCUUUGGCACCGCCGCACCACCAGCGCGCACUUUGGCACAUUGGAUGCACUUCAGUAUCGUAAAAGGGGGGGAAAGAAGUUUGUGUACUUUUUUUUUUCUUUUAUACUUCAACCAUCAGGAUGAGCGUCAAAUCCGACUCUGAGUCCAACAACAACGUUGUUGAAGAGGAGGUGCGGACACUCUUUGUAAGUGGCCUGCCAACAGACAUCAAACCCCGUGAACUCUACCUCCUAUUUAGACCAUUUAAGGGUUAUGAAGGUUCGCUGAUCAAGUUAACAUCUAAACAGCCUGUUGGGUUUGUAACCUUUGACAGUCGGUCUGGUGCUGAAGCAGCAAAAAACGCCUUAAAUGGUGUUCGUUUUGACCCUGAGAACCCGCAGACCCUCCGUUUAGAGUUUGCUAAAGCCAACACGAAGAUGGCAAAGAGUAAGCUGAUGGGCACGCCGAACCCCACAAAUAUCCACCCAGCUCUAGGGGCACACUUCAUAGCACGGGACCCAUAUGACCUGACAGGGGCAGCACUGAUUCCUGCAUCUCCAGAGGCCUGGUCUCCAUACCCUCUGUAUGCAGCAGAGCUGAGCCCUGGGCUGCCCCACACUGCCUUCACCUACCCUGCUGCAGCUGCUGCUGCAGCCCUCCAUGCCCAGAUGCGUUGGUAUCCAGCAACAUCGGAGUCCUCCCAACCUGGAUGGAAAUCAAGGCAGUUCUGUUAAAAAUGCUCAUACUCGAUUCAUCCUGGCCCUCUGGGUUGAGAACAUCUUUCUGCUGAACAGGAGGCUCAGAUGGUACAACCAGACUACCACUUGCCUUGGUUAUGAAAUUUCUGUUGAAUGAGUUUAUAAUAAGCAAUGUAUGGCUGCUUGCCUUUUUCCAAUUCAGGGUCUAAGCCAAUCAGCUGAUUCCUUUUUUUUGGGGGGGUUUAGUACAUAAAUGGGUUUUGUGCCCCUGGUCCUCUGUAUUUCUCCUUGGAUUGGUGUCUCAUCUGUUACCUUAGCCAUUUGUUUGAUAUUAAGGAGUGGCCAGCUCAGUUUAGAGGGGUUGGGUGUCUGCCCAGAAAGCUUGUGCAAGCUGUGAUUGUGUGAACCAUUUUAAUGUGCCAUCUUGUCUAGGCUUAUGUUUUCAUACAAGACAGCUUGACCUUGCCAAAUGAACAAUCCAAGUAUAAAACGGGCUAUAUGGGGGAGAAGAGUGCAAUUAAAUAGUAACCUAAUUUAUUUCUUUAUUUACGGAUUUAAUAGUCAGUAGAACAGUUGUUGAACUGUUUUUUCCUUUGUUAGAUUUGUCAUGCUGACAGAAGUCUAACAUGGUGGGUGGCAGAUUUAACUUGAUGUUAGAUUGCUGUAGAAGGAUGCAUGAUGGUGCAUGAAAAAUUAUGCAUGAAGGGGUUUUAAUGGAUAGUACAUAUGGUUAAUGCAAUCAAUUUACUUGUAAAGUCUGUAGAGUUGUAUGAUAACAGUAUUAAAACAUGUUAAAGCAUUA